UUACCAACCCUACUGAUACUACUCACGACACGUCAUCAGUGACUUUCCUUCUCUUUCUCUUCCCCAGCCGCCAGUCGCCACCGUAACUCUCGUCAUCGGAGGCUCUGUCUCCUCCCUUCUCAACGACGGUGUUUGUUACUGAACUGAACUCAAGACGCCAUGACCAUUUUCUCAGUCCAGUCCACUAUCUUCACCCGAGCUUCCGUCGCUAUCCUCUCUAGCAAUGGACUCAAACGCUUCUCUUUCGCUUCGUCCUUCUCCUCAAACGCUCUUUACUCCUCACCUCUCCCCAAAACGAAGAAGCGGCGGUUCCCCAUCGUCUCCGCCGUCGAUAUCAACGGCGUCACAAUCGCUAGAAACGAUGUGGUGAGAGAUGAUGAUCCUACAAACAAUGUACCAGACUCAAUCUUCUCCAAGCUUGGGAUGCAGCUACACAGACGUGAUAAGCAUCCCAUUGGGAUCUUAAAGAAUGCUAUUUACGAUUACUUCGAUUCCAAUUACGCUAAACAGUUUGAGAAGUUUGAAGAUCUUUCUCCUAUUGUUACCACCAAGCAAAACUUUGAUGAUGUGCUGGUCCCUGCUGAUCAUGUAAGUAGAAGCCUUAAUGACACGUACUAUGUUGACCCCCAAACUGUUUUGAGAUGUCAUACUAGUGCUCACCAAGCUGAGCUUUUGAGGGAAGGUCAUAGACGUUUCCUUGUUACUGGUGAUGUUUACCGUAGAGACUCUAUUGACUCUACUCAUUAUCCGGUUUUCCAUCAGAUGGAAGGCUUUUGUGUUUUUUCUCCUGAGGACUGGAACGAGUCUGGCAAGGAUUCCACUUUAUAUGCAGCUGAGGAUUUGAAGAAAUGUCUAGAGGGUUUGGCACGUCACUUGUUUGGUGGUGUGGAGAUGAGAUGGGUUGAUACAUAUUUUCCAUUUACCGAACCAUCUUUCGAGCUUGAGAUAUAUUUUAAGGAAGACUGGUUGGAAGUUUUGGGCUGUGGGGUGACGGAGCAAAGAAUUUUGAAGCAGAGUGGAUUAGAAAACAAUGUUGCUUGGGCCUUUGGACUUGGAUUGGAGCGACUUGCUAUGGUUUUGUUUGACAUCCCUGAUAUUAGACUCUUCUGGUCUGACGAUGAACGGUUCACUUCCCAGUUUAAGAAAGGAGAGCUUGGAGUUAAGUUUAAGCCAUUCUCAAAGUAUCCGCCUUGUUACAAGGACAUCAGUUUCUGGAUCAGUGAAUCAUUCACAGAGAAUAACUUUUGUGAAGUUGUGAGAGGAAUCGCUGGGGAUCUUGUUGAAGAGGUGAAGUUAAUCGACAGUUUCACCAAUAAGAAAGGGAUGACAAGUCACUGUUACAGAAUUGUUUUCCGUUCCAUGGAGCGCUCUCUUACAGACGAGGAGGUCAAUGAUCUUCAGAGCAAGGUGCGUGAUGAGGUGCAGAGAAAGCUAAACGUUGAAUUAAGGUAGAGUUUGCUGGAGGAGAAGAUGAACAUUUCGUGUUUUAACUUUUUGUAUUUCCUAUAAUAUUUUUGUUACCUUGGAAGAAUUUCAUUACAUUGAAUAAAAUAUAUAUAUAUAUAUGUACAUUGUUGAUGAAUUGUAUCAUUU